AUGAACAUGAGUUUAGAUAGAUCAGGACUAAGUGCUGACGAGUAUUAUGCGACGGCACUACAAAUUUUUGACUAUUGUGGCGCGGAGAGUACAGGCACCUUGCGUGUCGAUACUUUGAUGGACAAAUUCGCACCUUUCGUGAAAACUAACAAGGCUGAAUACAGCUACUUGAAAUCUUUAUUGGACCCAGCUGAGGACAAUCCUGAAAUAUCUGUGACCAUGUUGGCUAAGACCCUACACAAGUACAGUGAGGACCAGAAGUCUAAAGUAGAUCUGGAUGAAAGUUUUAAUUUGCUAAAAAGUGGACAGGCUCCACAGGAUUCAGACUCUGGCAUAUCAACUGACGGCUUCCAGCUGCUGGAAGAGUUACAAUGUGAGUUACGAGAGAAGUCGCACCUGGCCCAUCAGCUGCGCUCUCAACUGGACUUCACAGACCGACAGCAUGAAGAGGCCCUUGCAGCAUUGACUGCUGAUCGUGAUGCUUUACGAACACACCUUAACAUACUACGUGAAGAGAACUCGAAUCUAAAUCAUAUACGUCACGACUAUGAAGAAGUCUGCGAGCGACUGUGCAGCAAUGACCGAGCUUUAGACGAAUCGAGGAGGGAAAUCGAAGCUUUUAGACGGAAGAACAAAAUUAUGACGGAACAAGUGUCGUUACUAGAGAACGAGAAACUAACCCUUCAAGAAUUACUCGCAAAGUCAAAAGCGGAAUGCCACCGUAUUAACGAGAUGUACGCCGCGCGACAGUCGGCUCUACUAGAACAGAACGAAGCCCUGAGGACCGAGCAUGCGGACCUGUCUGCACGACUGCAAGACCAAGAGGAGUUUGUGCAGCAGAUGAUUAAGGAAAAGGUAUUAUUAGAGAUGGAGUUAAAAGACCUGUUGAAUAAGUCUAACCAGACGCAGCUGCGCAUGGACCGCAGCAUUGACAUCAGCUACACAGAUGAACAGAUGCUGACAGCACUAGACAGCCUCAACGUUGACUCCCGCUUCUCGCAAGACAAUCGGAUCCUAGAUGAAGAGUCCUUUAUAAACGCUUUAAAAGAAGACCACGGCCGUACCACGAAUAUGUCUCUUUUCGAUGAGAUUAGACUCAGUUUUUCGAAUAUGUCCAGAUUCAACGCUACAGGAAAUAACAGCAUAGUGGGCGACAAGCAUUUAGAUUCAUUCGCUUGCGAUACUUCCUUCAUAGCUGUUGGAACACAAACUGAUAUUGAAGUUUUUGACGACCACAAUCGUUCUAGUUUAAGCAUUGACACACAAACUGAUAUAGAAUCUUAUUUCAACGGAGAUAAUGUCCAAAAUGUAAAUACAGUACCUUUCAUAGCUAUUGGAACCCAAACCGACAACAGUGCAAAUAAUGCGUGUUUAAACACAGCUGAAACACAGACAGAUUGGAUUGACACAUCAGACAACAAUAAUAAUCACGCGAAAUGUCAUGAAUGUGAAAAAGCAAAUGUUUAUACGACUAAGUUAGAAAAAGAUGUCGUUAUGUCAAAUCAUGCUGUUGCCGAAAUGCAAUUAGAGUUGAAUAAGUAUGAAAAUAAAUUAAAUGUUCUUGAGAAAUUCAUCGAAGAACGCAACGAGAGAAAUUCUUUUUUGCAAGAUAUAAUAAAGAGUUUAGAAACAAAGAUUGAUAUACUACAAAAUGCAUGUAUUAAGCAGAAAGAAAGGCUGGACAGCUUGACGCAGGACGAAUACGUUGUAAAAAAUAAAUGCGACUUAAGCUCAGUGUCUACACAAGCGGACAUUCCUUGCCUGGACUGUGAGAAACGAACCGUCGGACGACAUCGACACUUGAGAAGAUUCUUUUGGAGCCCACUGAAGUGUCUGUUCCAAAUGUUCGCGGUGAUGUGCUUCGUGUGCGCCUGUGCGGUGCUGUACGGCGUGUCGCGUCGCGCGCGGCCGGCGUGCCCGCGCGACGCCGUGCCGUGGCGCUGGCUGCACGCGCAGGACCUCGUGGACCUGCUGCUCAGGAUCGACUACGUCGCCGACGUGCCCAUGUGA